AUGACUGCGGCGCACGGCGUCAUUGCGAUUCUGGAGUCGACAUAUAACAGCCUGGAUUUGGACACUAUUCUGGACUUGUAUGCGGACGACGCCAAAUUGACAGCCCACUUGUUUGGGCUAGUGAACGCCAACAAGAGGCAGAUCCGGGCCUUUUACGCCGAUUUGUUCGAGGCAAAUGGCGACGUCGAGUUUGUGACGCGAUGUAUCAGCGGGACGCCUGACUUGGUCAUCUGGGAGUGCGAUGUGCGGUGCACGGCGAGGCGCAACUCGUCCGCCUUGGGGGUCACGAGGGGAGAUGCCGUGGUGAUGAGGGGGGUGUCGCUUUUGAGCUGGAGAGACGGCUUGAUUGCGGAGCAGAAGGACUAUUUCCAUGUGGCGAGCAAGUGUUAG